AUGGGAAGGCCUUCCUCUGCAUGCCAGCAAGCCGAGUAUGCCCAUGUCAGGCCCUGGAGCCCCCUGGCCUUCUCCCCAGCCCAGCCUGCAGUGCCCGAGGGGGCGAAUGCCACCUUCACCUGCAGCUUCUCCAGCACAUCCAAGGGCUUUGUGCUCAACUGGUACCGCAUGAGCCCCAGCAACCAGACAGACAAGCUGGCCGCCUUCCCUGAGGACAGCAGCCAGCCAGGCCGGGACAGACACUUCCGAGUCACACCGCUGCCCGACGGGCAAGACUUCCACACGAGUGUGGUUGCCCAGCGCAAUGACAGUGGCAUCUACCUCUGCGGGGCCAUCUGUCUGCUUCCCAACAUGCAGAUCACGGAGAGUCCCCUGGCAGAGCUCACAGUGACACAGCCAGUCCUGGAGCCACCCACAGCGCCCAGCCCGCCACCCAGGCGCACCCCACUGCAAGUGGUGGGCAUCACGAGCAUCCUGCUGAGCUGCUUGCUGGUCUUUCUGCUGUUGGCCUGUGCCCUGGCUGCCGCCUUCCCUAGGGACACUGGAGGGCCCUGCACAGGCCGGAGCCUGGAUGAGCCUCUGAAGGAGGGCCCGUCCACCAUGCCUGUGUUCACCGUGGACUAUGGGGAGCUUGACUUCCAGUGGCGAAAGAAGACCCCGGAGCUGCCCACCCCCCAUGUCCCUGAACAGACAGAGUAUGCCACCAUCGUCUUUCCAAGCAGGCCAGUUUCCCCAGGACGCAGGGCCUCGGCCGACAGCCCCACCAGGCCCCAGCCUCCAAGGCCUGAGGAUGGCCACUGCUCUUGGCCCCUCUGA